ACAGCUCCAGAGCCGUGAUGACAGGCGGUGCGACGGCUUUGCUGACGGACUGCAUCAGCAUCACAGCUUUCUGAUAGCUCAUCCCUGCGGCAUGCAUCACCUCAACAGGAGACAGAGAUAACAGACCCGCCCCACUAUGCUGUGAUUGGCUACUCCUACCGUGUUGUAAUUGGCUAGUACUUGUUACGUUGACGUGAUGACGCAGCAGAAAAGGCACGUUUGAUAGUCGCUAGCACAUGAGGAUAUCAACACCAGCCAGCAGCUUCUUAAAUAAGGUAACAUGGGGAAGAAUAAACAAAAGGGGAAGAAGCAGAAGAACGUCUUUCAAGUGGCAAACAAGCACAUGAAGCACAAGAACAAAGCAAAACCUGUCACGACGACGCUCAAACAUAUCAAUGCAGUGAAAAAUGAGAAGGUGGAAAACCUCAAUCAAAUCUUCACAGAAGUCCAGAGGGACGUUAAGAGCAUUUCCAAGUCUGUUGCUCCUGCACCAAAGAAACAAACACAGGUUGUCAGAGAGCCACCAAAGGAAUCUGUAAAUGUUGACAGUGCUGCUCAGCUCUUCUCCCAGCUAUAAUAAACCAUGAAAGUGGGACUGUCAUAAAGUCUGAGGACAAACGCAGUGACUGACUGUUGUAUGUCUCUCCAUGUUGGACAUGUGAUAUAACAAAGUUGGUUUACUUCCGAUGUAUUUUGACACUCUGUGCCAAAAUGAAGAUUGUAGAUACAUUGGGGUUUAUGCAUGAAAGUAAAACCUUGUGUGUAAUUUAAAGGUCCAGUGUGUAGGAUUUAGGGGAAUAUAUUGGCAAAAAAUGUGAUAUUAUAUAAGAAGUACAUUUUCUGUAGUGUAUAAUCACCUGAAAAAAAAAAACUGUUGUGUUUUCGUGACCUUAGAAUGAGGUGUUAUGUCUACAUAGGGAGCAGGUCCUCGUCUACAGAGUCUGCCAUAUUGUAUCGGCAUGUUUCUACAGUAGACCAGAAUGGACAAACCAAAUACUGGCUCUAGAUAGUGCCAUUUCCGUUUUCUUGUCGACCACCACAGUAAGCAACCCCUCCAUGAUGAGAGCAUCGGAAAAACACAGAUUUUUUUUUUUUUAAGUGAAACUGCUUUAUUCAGUAUUUUUACCGGUUUAAAUCACCUGGUUAGUUUUAGAGAGGAAGAAACUGCUGCAGAGAAUUCACUUCCUGGUAAAAACCUCCUGAACAAUGACCAAAAUAAGUUUAAGCAGAGUGCAAUCUGCAAUCUUCACUGCUAGAUACCACUAAAUCCCCCAAAAUCUUACACAAUGUUCCUUUAAGCCCUCUGUAUAUUCAGUGCAAAGAAAUGUAAUCAGUUGACAGAUUUGUGCUCUAUCAAUUGUGUCAUUGUUUCAGACGCAAAGGAUGUUUUUUUAUCUUUACUGAUGAAGAGUCUUUUGUAUAGAAAUGUAUUCUUUUUCUUUGAGCUGCAACUAAUUAUUAAUCUGCUUAAUAUUUUCUUGAUUCAUUUAUAACUUCUUGUUUUUAAGAUAUCAGAAAAAAAUAAAUAACUGCCCUUACAAUAAACAAUAAACAGUCCGAAACAAAAAUGUAUUCCGUUAACUUCAUGUAUAUUGAAGAACAUUAGCAAAUCUUCACAUUUGAGCAAAAUGAGGCAGAAUUUUUUACACUUUUGCUUUGAAAAAUGACUGAAAUGAUUAAUCAUUAGAAAGAAAAAAUCCUCUAUUGAUUUGCAGUCAAUCGAUGUAGUCAUUUUAACUCUGUCUUUAUUAAAGUGUUGAUACAGUUUCCUCAUUACUCAUCAUCUUGAAUCUGAACAUUAAAGUUUCUUGUCAUUUCUAGACAAAACAUUUACAAAAAAAAAUAUAUAACCAUGUACACUUUACGAUAUGCUUUGAGUUUUGUUUUGCAAAGCAGUUCAAGGUUUUCACACCCUUUUUUCAUGCUUUUCAUACCUUGGAUUUGGUGUAAAUGAAGUCACAAAGGAGGUCAUUGUGACUUGUGCUGGUUGUACUGAUGAAAGUGUUUGCUUCAAAGAAUUUUGUCCUCAUGGAAAUCAUUAAGAUUUCAAGUAGAAGUUUGCAAAAACAGAAUUUAAAUGAGGAAUUCACACAUGUAGUUUCAUUAAAUAGUAUGUUUAAAGCUGCUUUUGUCAUGGAGGUGCUGUUAGAACUCAUUUUGAGGCUGUGGUUUUUCUGCACUGGACUGAAUCAUUCUGUCAGGCAUUUCUGAUAUUCCGUCCACCCCCAUAUGUACAAGCUAUCUAUUUCAGGGCUCCACACUGUCAUUUCUAUUAGGACUGCACCUGAAGAUGAAGUAUAGAUUUUUCGGCUCCACCUGCGAGCAGUGGGUAGUUAUCUGUAUGCUGCUGCUGCAUCCUGUUGUAGCAACUUGACAUUAGAGGUCACGGGUGUACCAGUGCCCAGCUGAUUGCUUGUCUUCAUGCCGACCUCUGACUGAGUUAGUUGGUCAAUACAUCUGGAGAAAGGUGAAAGCUUGGGUGAGGCUGGUAAACAGACCAAUGUAUGUUGGGAUAAACAAGUUAGGAAGAAGGUUUUCAAGGUGAGAUGACUUGAAUGAAGCUUUAUUUUAUUCUCCAGUGGAUGUUCAGGUACUGAAUAGCUUAAACAUGCAGCGACUAAUUGUUGUGACCUAUUUGUGGGUGGCAGAGACAAGCUGUAACCAAAACUGCUAUCACUUUUGGAGUCAAUCUGAUGACAAUUCUUUUCAACAUUUGACAUAUUUAUUAAAUACAGUGCCCUCCAAAA